AUGACAUCAUCAGUGUGCGUCCCUCUGUUCAGACAACGCUCGAUCCACUCCGUGAUGUUUACCGUUUGAUUCAGAGCUCUGAGGCGUUUUUGUCGAGCAGAGGACGCUGCUGAGUCGCUCUUUGUUCGUUUCGUGAAUUAAUCGUGAACUAGGCGCUGAUUUUUCUUCGUUUUUGGACAUGGAGUCGGGCGAGGCCAGCGAGGAGAAGACGAACUCCGUGUCGGCGGCGCAGCGGAGAGCGGAGAUCCGGAGGAGGAAGCUGCUGAUGAACUCCGAGGACCGCAUGAACCGGAUCGUAGGCUUCGCUAAAACCGAGGCUGAAAAUAACGGAGCGUCCCGGCGUCCCACAGAACCUCGCUUCCACCUCGAUCUGGACAGAACAGAGCCGUGGUCUUCGUCCUCGUCUUCCCCGAGGCCGUCUCCCUUCCUGCCUGAGGCCUCGGGGCUCGGCAGUCGCUCCCACAGCGCCACCCCGGAGAGGAGGGGGUCUCCGCUGCCAGACUGCAGCGAGCCGCCCGGAGGGUCUCUGGAGGACGAGCUGGGAGGCAUCCGACAGAGGCCGAGAGGGGAGCGGGUGUCGGACGACAUCGGCGGCUCCCCGCGCCGAGGCCUCCAGAAGUACCUGUCCCGCUUUGAUGAUGCCAUGAAGCUCCGCGGUCAGCUGGCCAACGAGAAGCCGGCUCAGGACGGAGGGUCCGACUCGGAGGAGUUCGAUCCCUUCAGGGUCUUCAGGCUCAUCGGCAGCAUCCUCCUCGCCGUGUUUGUCAGGGUUUUCGUCUGCAAGUAUCUGUCAAUAUUUGCUCCGUUCCUGACCCUUGAACUGGCCUACAUGGGACUGUCUAAAUACUUUCCAAAGGUAGAGAAGAAGACCAAGACCACUGUCCUGACCGCCGCCCUGCUGCUGUCUGGGAUCCCCGCUGAGGUCAUCAACCGCUCCAUGGACACCUACAGGAGGAUGGGCGACGUCUUCGCCGACCUCUGCGUUUACUUCUUCACCUUCAUCCUCUCACAUGAGAUCCUGCUGCUGUUUGGUUCAGAGACUCCCUGACGGACGACGACGACGACCUCAACGACCCCCUCUCCUCCCUCCUCGAUGUCCCCCGCCUCCCUCCGUCUCCCAUAGCAACAAGGCAUGCUCAUCCUGCCUGUCUGUCGUUCGGAUCCCUGCUGCCUUACGAUCAGGGCCGGACGGAAGCUCUUCAGGAUUCCACUAAAGCUACGUGUGAACAGUGUUUGUUACAGAGAAACAGGAGGACAGUUUGUGUUCUGUGCGUGCAAAGGUUAAGAAUGUAUUGUCAUUUAUCGUGCUGAGGGAUAUUUAUUCAUCGACAACUACAGGUUCGGUUUAACUUAUGAAGGGGAAACACCGGAGUCCUCAAAGGCUGGGCGAUGUUUCUGACUCCUGAUGUUGAUGCAUAACAGCAGCUUAUAUGAGAUUAUCCAAGUGUGUCCAAUGUAGGGAAAACUUCGAGUCAUUAGAAAACUUGUGGAAAACACUAAAGUCAAAGAGUAGACUAACACCAGGCAGAACUUCACAGCCUUUAUGGGUCUCAUCUCAUUCAGUUUUUGGCGCUUCGCAGCAAAGUUUAAAUCUGCCUCUGAAGAAAAGCACUGCCUCUGAAAUGAGAAGAGCUGAAAGCAAAUAGCAGCUUGAGUUUUUAGUCAGUUUUGUUAAUUUAUUUAAAGAUAAUAAACGUUUUUGUUCAUGAAAUGACAGGAAUGACUGAUGCAGACAGAUUACAUUAAACAUUGGUGUGAGGAUGGAAAAUCCCUGAAAAGGUGUCUUCUGCUGCUGUGAGGUUGUUCUUUAGAGAGCCAGUGUAUUCUGUUGGUUUGGAUGAUUCAUUUAAAGUGAUGUUUUGUGAGUUCAGCUCCACAGGCAGCAAACUGACUCGGCAAUGUCGGUAAAAAUACGAGGCAGACAAGUCAAAUCUGUAUCUGCAAAACCUCCUGAGUGCGUUGGACUAGAAUAACAGUUGACGUCUCGGAAUUAAGCUUCUCAUUUAUCCAAAGAGAAAUGCGCAGAGUCUCAUCUUGGAUGUCAGAACUUUGUAGGAAGAAAACACAAUCUGCUGUCGUUCUCAGCUGAUCACUUGAAGUGUCGCCCGGCUUUUAGUCGCACGCCGAGCAGAGCGUCGUAUUCUCAGCUAACAGACUCAGCUGGACUCCUCUGAAUCUGCUGUGAAACCAAAUAAUGCUGACAAAAAGAUGAAACCUGCCGCAGGAGUUUAGCUGGUAGACAACAGAAACAAACAGAAAUGAAGGAAGACUGAGCAGAAACCUUCAGAUGAGACAUUUUUAGGGCUCCUGGUUGCUGUUAAUGACAGAAACUGGUAGUUUCCUUUUCCCCUCAUGCAGCAAAUCUCUUCUCCUGCUGAUUGAUUGCAAUGUGGGGGGUUGCUUUUAUUAUGCUGAAGUGUCUUUUCUUCAGCUUCUCCCUGCCAGAUAGCGUCAAUCUUACCUGAUGGCAGCAAUUUCUGACGUCAGUUAAAACCAACCGCUGUGAAGGUGCAGCAUUUUAACGAUAAGAGUUUGGAUGCACCUGUGUUUCUUUACUCUAAGCUUCUCCUCAUUUCCUCAUCAUGCAUUUAACUCAUUGGAAAAUUCUUUAUAAAUUGGAAUAACUUUCGGUUCAUGCAGGAAAUUAUCAUUUUAUGUUCUGAAAAUCAUCCCUUCCUGCCUUAAAGUGGCAGAACAAUCUGUGGAGUCUCCUUCAUUCAUUCGCUGCAGCUCGAGCACUCCAGCUCACCUGCUCUACACUACACUACGACAAACACUGGAGUAAUUCAGCCUGACAUGUUUGGAAACUGAUUCUGAACAGGAAUAAUGAUCCAUAAGCUCCACCAUACAAGCUGACGGGGUCGAUUCCUCAGAUUUCUUGCAUAUGAAACCUGCAGUUUUAGGGUGAAAAUACUCUGCUGUGAUGUUGACUGCUUGUUUCAGUCAUGAUGCAUCUAAAAAACAACAUCUAGAUGAGGUUAAAAAAGUAGAUUUCUGCAGGAGGAAGUGUGAUCACAUAAAGCUUCAGAAGCUUUUGAACAAAUCUGUUUUGAGGUUAAUUUCAAGACUCAGACGUUUGCUUUCAGACUAAAUUCGGUGAAUAAUCUCGGAAGUCUUGCUUCUUUUUUUUUAAGUUAUGACACCCUUCCCCAGCUAGAAAGUGCUUAGAAUGCAGUCAGCCAUCAGUUCAGCACACUAAUGAUCUAAUUAAAUUCAGUCUUUUAAUCCAUCAUACUGUCCUGGCUACUUUUUAAUGAUAAACAGCUUCCAUUACAAGGCUGAUUAGUGGUCAAAACUACUCUGAAUGAAUGAAAUAAAUGAGGACAAAUUACACUUUUUCCGACUCAGAAAUGAGCCUCUCCAGCUCUCAGUUAGUCAGAGAUUCAAAUCUGGACAUUUUAAGCAGCAUUUUUUUGGGUCUUCCUCCCUCAGCCAGGUUUGUUUGGACGCAGCCACAGCCGUCCGGUGCGUCUUCAGAACUUGAAGUCUCCGUUAACUGAUAGAUUUAAAUCGUUUGUAUCAGUGUUGUGACAGAAUUUGCUCGCUUUAGCUCAUAUUCCAGUGUUCAGAAAGGGUCCACCUGCAUUAGAACAAGUUUCCUCCUUUUGUUUUGACUCAAGUUAAAGAAGCAUUUAGUCCUUGAGUGUGGAGUGUGUCGUUUUCCACGGCUGUGAGCUUAAAGUCGGUUUUACUGGAAAGCACCGUUUAAAAUGAGCCACUUCUGCUUGUUUGUGUCGAGUAAACCUGGUGACGUGUCCUGCUCUACCUGCAUUAUCGACGGUAAACUCUCUGCUCGUGUGCUUCUGUGUCCUCGCUUCAUGUUUUUUUUUAACUUUAUCCAGAUUAAUUUAUUAAUGUGAAUAUUUUUUUUCUUGUAAAUGAAUUUGGUGUGAUUUCUCCUACGACUUUGUCUGACCAACUUGAUUGUUUUUGAUAAAUUUACAGAAAAAAAAACAGUUUUUAAUGGCUCUUAUAUAUUUGAACUUCAGUAACUGAUUCAGUGUUGAUGUGAUGUAAACAGUCUCUGCUUCCAAACGUACACAGGAACAAAUAACCGGACAAUUCAUACCAAAUAAAUACUACUUGUGUGA